CUCCCAAUCCAUAUCUUCUCUCUCUCUCUCCUAAUUCAUGUCAUCUCUCUCUUUCUCUCCUACCAAUCCCUGUCCCCUCUCUCUCUUUGCACACGCAUAAUUGAAACGCGAACGCUUCAGUUCCGCACCUGCAGCGGCGUUGCACACUGGCUUCCUCAAUCCCCUCAAUGAAAGCAACAUCGCAGUGACGAGACGGACGGAGGGAGGGGGGAGGGAAUGGCAACAGUGUAUCACCGCGGGAGCCGGGCCACCGACGAAGCGAUCGGAAAGGAAAAACGAGACACAAUGGCAGAGGGCGAAGCCGGGCAGGAGACCAAUCUCGGGGCCUACUCGCCUGUAGAUUACAUGAGCAUCACCAGCUUUCCCCGCUUGCCCGAAGACGAUGCCGGCUCCAGUGACAAUGUCCUUCGGUGCCGCAAAGACGACGACUCAUCUCUCUGUGAUCCGGAUACAGCAGAUCCCGACGUGUUCCUGAAAGCAGCUCGCCUUCAACGCCUGCCUUCCUCCUCCUCGGAGAUGGGCAGUCAGGAGAUGUCACCGCUGCGUGUGACCAACAAGGACCCGUUUUCCGCUGACUGCGUCUGUCGCCAGGAUGGGCUGACUGUGAUCAUCACUGCCUGCUUAACCUUUGCCACCGGAGUCACCAUAGCAUUGGUCUUGCAGAUAUACUUCGGAGACCCACAGAUCUUUCACCAAGGAGCUGUGGUUACAGACGUGGCCCAUUGCUCCGCAGUUGGUACCGAAAUAUUGAAUCGUGGUGGCUCUUCAGUCGAUGCAGCUAUCGUGUCUGCAUUGUGCUUAGGAAUAAUCCACCCCCACAGCUCUGGAAUUGGAGGGGGUGGAGUUAUGUUAGUUCAUGAGAUCAGGAAGAAUGAGAGCCUCGCCUUUGACUUCAGGGAGACGGCUCCAGCAGAGGUUGAGGAGCAGAUGUUCUCACAUGGAUGGGAGGACAAGCCAGGUCUUUUAGUUGCUGUCCCUGGUAUGAUAAGAGGAUUUCACCAAGCCCACCAAGUCUAUGGCAGGAUCUCCUGGUCUGAGUUAAUGUCUGCAGCAUCAAAAGUUGCACUGGAAGGUUUCAACGUCACUCAAGAACUUGCUAACGCAAUUGAUCAAGUAAACGACAAAAAUGUAUCCGAGAUUUUCCGUGACAUUUUCCUGCCAGAUGGAAAGCCGUUACUGUCAGGUGCUUUCAUGAAACGCUUGGAUCUGGCAGCUAUUUUCGACGCAAUUGGUCUGGAGGGCGUUUCGGCAUUUUACAAUGGAAAUAUCACAGAGGAAAUGGCUUCAGAGGUUCGGAGCAAAGGUGGAGUACUCUCCGCAGAAGACUUUGCUAACUACAGUGUGAUUGUCCAGAAGCCCAUUGAAGGAUCGUACCAAGGUCGCUUUGUGCUUACAGCUCCUCCCCCACACACGGGAGCCGCACUUGUUGCUGCCCUCAACAUAUUGGAGGGAUUUAACAUAACGACCCAGGCCUCCAGGAACCUGACCUAUCACCUCCUCACAGAGACGUUGAAAAUUGCAUUAGGUCUUGCAAGCAGCCUCGGAGAUCCUUUAUUUGACCCCACAACAACUGAGGUGACGGAGAAGAUGAUUAGCAAAUUAGAAGCCAAUUCUCUGCGUCAGCUGAUCAACGAAAGUGUGGCAUUUCCCCCAAACCACUAUCUACCCCUCAAUUCCCUGGAGACUGGACCUUCCGCAAGUCAGGUCCAUGUCAUUGGGCCUGAUGACUUCAUUGUUUCCAUUGUGAGCUCCCUGAACCGGCCGUUUGGCAGUGGGAUCAUAACACCCUCCGGAGUUCUUCUGAACAGCCAAAUGUUGGACUUCUCCUGGCCAGACCAAACACAGGACAAUUCGACGGUGAAUAUGAGAAACAUUAUUCAAGCUGGCAAACGGCCCUUGUCGUUCCUAUUGCCGACCAUAGUGCGGCCGUUACGAGGUGUGUGCGGAACCUAUCUCGCCCUGGGAGCAUCCAGUGGGACCAAAGCCUUGAGCAGCAUUACUGAGGUUUUGUUGAACGUAUUCUCUUUCCACAAGCUUCUGAACGAAAGCCUUGCCCUUGGCCGACUCUACGCACAGCUGCAGCCAGAUGUUUUGCUUGUUGACAAUGAAUUCCCUGAGGAAGAUGUGGAAUUCCUCAUGGAGAGAAAUCACACGGUGGUGAGAGAAGACUCCUUUUCCUUGGUCCAUGUCGCCAAGAGGAUCAAUGACUUCAUCACUGGUGCCAAGGACCCCCGGAGUAACGAGGCAUCGGUGGCUGUUAUCUCCUAGCCAAAAAUUCAGCCAAUAUCUGUUUGUCUUUCCUUCUUUUCCUUUGUCAUUUUGGUUCGCUGUGAAGUCACAAAAAUGAGAGACAAAGGUUAGUUGCAGAGAACAAUAGUCUUGGAAAACAGUAAAGAGGAGAAUCAGAAUCCUACUUGAGUUUGUGGGAAGGAACUGCGGAUGCUGGUUUACACCGAAGAUAGACACAAUAUAACUCAGCGGGUCAGGUAUCAUCUCUGAAGAAAAGGAAGAGGUGACGUCUCGGGUCGAGACCCUUCUGAUUUGUUCUGUACCGUUUCACACCUCUAUUUUCCCUCUCCCGUGACUCACAGUCCGAAGAAGGGUCUCGGCCCAAAAUGUCACCUAUUCCUUUUCUCCGGAGAUGCUGCCUGACCCACUGAGUUCCUCCAGCAUGUUGUGUCUAGCCUUCUUGAGUUUGAUGUUUCUAACUUAAGAUGGCCUACCUUCUGUGGUUCACCAGUGUUGUUUAUACUGGAACCUAAAGAGCAGUUAAAAUAUACACUGCAAGUCAUUCUGCCUCGGAACAUUUGCAAAAUGUAUACUUGCUUGGCAAACCUUCGCCUGCGUUCGCCCCUCCCCCAUCUCCCCCGCUUUCCAUAGAAUCAUACAGCGUGGAAACAUGCCCUUCGGCCCAACUUGCCCACACCAAUCUACAUGACGCAUACUACAGUUCCAUUUGCCACAUAUCACUGUAAAUCUAUCCUAUCCAUGUACCUGUCUAAUUGUGUCAUAAAUGUUGCGAUUGUCCCUGCCUCAACGACUUCCUCUGGCAGCUCGUUCCAUACACCCACCACCCUAUGUGUGAAAACAUUACCCCUCAGAUUCCUAUAAAAUGUUCCCCCUUUCACCUUAAACCUAUGUCCUCUGGUGUCCAGUGAUCCCGAAGAUCCAGAAGAUCCUGUAACCUGAAGUCAUCGAUAUAUUGUGACGUCAAUGAUAUAAAUUCAUAAUUUCUAGGAGUAGAAUUAGGCCAUUUGGCCCAUCUAGUCUACGAUGCCAUUCAAUCUUGGCUGAUCUAUCUUUCCCUCUCAACCCCAUUCUCCUGCCUUCUCCCCAUAACUCCCGACACCCGUACUAAUCAAGAACCUAUCAAUCUCCAUCUUAAAAAUAUCAAUUCACUUGGCUUCCAUAGCUGUCUGUGACAAUGAAUUCCACGGAUUCACCAUCCUCUGGCUAAAGAAAUUCCUCAUCAUCUCUUUACUAAAGCUGCGUCCUUUUAUUCUGAGGCUAUGGCCUCUGGACUCUGAGGCUGUGGCCUCUGGACUCUGAGGCAAUGGCCCUAGAUUUUCAGACUAGUGGAAACAUUCUCUCCACAUCCACUCUAUCCAGGCCUUUCACUAUACGGUAACUGACAUGUUCACUUCCAAUAAGGCAAUCAUUAAUCAGUUUUGGUGAAUUAACAUAACUUUAUUUUUGAUUUUACUUUUUCUAUUGAGCAUCAUUAUCUGAAGUGUAUAAUCAAACAUGCUGUAAGGAAGAAAGAACAUAUCCAUCUAGUUUAUUUCCCCGUGACUUUCCUGUUGCUUCUCCCCUUGUCCCAACCCAGGUGGAGUUACAUUAUGUUGCAGGCCUUGGGUUUACUAUUGGCAUUGAAAACACUAUUGACUUCCUCUUCUGUCUGUGCUAAAUUCAUAAUGUAUUAACUUGUGCAUGUGAAAAUCCAUCUUUGAAGAUGGAUACUGUUACAGUCAAUAGAAAUCAGACAUCACAGUGGCACAGCCAGUAGAGCUGCUGCCUCACAGCGCCAGAGACCCGGGUUCGAUCCCGUCCUCAGGUGCUGUCUGCGUGGAGUUUGCACGUUCUCCCUGUGACCACCGGGGUUUCCUCCUCGUGCUCCGGUUUCCUCCCACAUGCCAAAGACGUGCGGGUUUAUUUCCCGUUUGUUAAUUGCCCUUAGCGUGUAGGGAGUGUGUAGAACUAGUGUGUGAACGAUGAUCGGCGCGGACUCGGUGGGCCGAAGUGCCUGUUUCCAUGCUGUAUCUCUAAACUAAACUAAAUGAAUAUUAGUAGCGCAGUUCAGCACGUGCAUACACAUUUUGUGCAUGUGAUUCACGGAAUCAUUUCUCAGUCGCUGGUGCCAAAUAGCUCAACGUUGGCCUGUAUUUAUUUAUUUAUUUAUUUUUAAAGACAUGCCGCCCACUGUGCUUGUACAGUGUUUUCCGGCUUAUCGAUUCUCAGGAGCCGACAAGGUGGGUUUAAGUAACCCAGCAUUGAGAACAAACAGUGCCAGUUUCUUUCCAUGAAUUCCUGCCCGUGAAAUUCUGUUGCACUCGAGGCCCAAGGCAUCUUUGCACAAAUGUCUUUCACACUGAAUGUGCACGGGGUCAGGUGGGUUGCCAAUGUGCUGUGGUCCGAGUGGGAAGACGUGAUAGUGUAGGGAAGUGAUGGGGCUACAGUUUGUAUGGGAAGGGAGCCAGUAAGAUUGUAAUCCUGGGGAUGGUCAAAGUUUGAAUGCGAUUUUGUUGGGAAAUCAGUAAGGUCAAAAGUUGGAGGGGCUGCCAAGAUUAGGCUUUGGGAGGGGGAGGGGCUCUUCAGGAUUAGGACCAUUGAGGAUAGAAUCAGGGCUCAAGGUUAGUUGGAUAUGUGAUUGAGUUUGUCGGGUGGGGAGAUUCAGUCACCCACACAAGUAGGGGCCUUGAGAAAAAUUAGCAGACAGCUUUGCAAUAAAACAUAGCUGGGGAAACAUGGAUGCCUCCAUGUCAAUGGAUGGGGUGAAAACAGACCCACUUAUAUGUAGAAAUAAGGAAAUGCAGAUGCUGGUUAAUGCACAAAAGGACACAAAGCGCUGGAGCAACUCAAUAGGUCAGACAGCAUGUCUGGAGAACAUGGAUAGGUGACGUUUCGCGUCCAGACUCUCGAUCUGGAACUGGGAUUUGUCUCGGUCUGGAACUGGGCCUGGAAUCCAGGUGAGUUGACUGCCCCAGCCUUCUGGUGGCCGGAGGAGGAGAGGCGAGGAUCGGCGGAGUCAUUGUUCAAGCCCGCGGGUGGUUAGAGUGCAGGUCCCGACCCGAAACGUCACCUAUCCGUGUUCUCCAGAGAUACUGCCAGAUCCGUUGAGUUACUCCAGCACUUAGCUUCAUUUGGCCACUGAAAUGUAGACAAGAAUAUUGCACUACUGGCAUCCGAACAUGUGUUAUAGGCUACUUGGUGUCAUUCACAAGCUCGCUAUGAAUGCAAGUCAUAUACAGAUGAUCAGGAAGAAAGAUUCCAACAUGCAGUUCCUUCAUAGGCUUGGGGUUUUGAUAAAAUUAAUUUCAGUAGCUCAGACAGACCUUGUGUUGUGAACUUGUAGGCCAGCAAACAUUCUACACCAGGACGUUACAAAAAUAGAUUUAGCUCGAAUUCCAAUGAAAGUCAUUAACCUGAAAUGAUGCAUCUGAUUCCUUCUCCCCACAUGCUGCCUGACCGGCUGAGAAUUUCAAGCUGUUUCUGUUUUUAUCUUAAAUCCCUGCAUUCCUCUGUAUUUCCAUUGUGAAUCGUUUUAAGCAAACCGAAUUUCAAACUGGCAUGACAGUACAGUGGCGCUAGGUGCCAUUUGUUAAAAUGUAGAAACUAUGAACUGCAGAUGCUGGUUUAUACCAAAGACAGACACAAAGUGCUGGAGUAAUUCAGCGGGUCAGGCAGUAUCUCUGGAGAAAAAGGAAUAGGUGACGUUUUAGGUCAGGACCCUUCUUCAGACCUCGCUGUUCGGGACCAUGUUCCGUUCCACGAGUCUGAAGAAGGGUGCCGCCCUAAAACACCAUCUUGUCCAUUUCCCUCCAGUGAUGCUGCCUGAGCCACUGAGUUCCUCCAGCACUUUGUGUCAGGAGUGUGGGUAAGUUAGCAGCUGGAUCUAGUGUCUAGAUUAUUUGCAUAUAUCCUGUUCCUAUUAAACUCACAGGAAAAUUCAUUACAACUGAGUAACAUACUUUAAAACAUUAAAUGAAAGUGUGUUUGUGUAUUAAGAGGAGGAACAUCGGUACAGGCUGGAAACGUUGCCAGUUCAUUUGUUACCCUCGCCCACUACACACAACAUUUUCUCUAGAACUUAAUGACAACUAUAAGAUGGCCAUUCUUAUGAGACACCACAGUGAAUGUUAUUCCUUUUCUCAUCUGAUGGACUUUCCUACAGUAUAAUUUAGUUUACUCUAGUCUAUUGUCACGUGUUCCGAGGUCCAGUGAAAAGCUUUUGUUGCGUGCUAACCAGUCAACGGAAAGACUAUACAUGAUUACAAUCAACCAUCCACACUGUACAGAUACAUGAUAAAGAUAAAGCCAGUGAAGUCCGAUCAAGGAUAGUCCGAGGAUCUAGGUGCACAGCAGUUGAGAGGUACAAUUCUGGAAGAUUUUUCCUAAUUCUGGGGCACAAACCAUUUGUAACAACGACUCCAAAAACCUCCCUGCUUAAUAUCUAGAACUAAGGCAGAGGCUAAACUGCUCCAUAUAGCAUCCUGAUUGAUGUAUUUACACACAGAAAGUGCUCCACAGAAGCAGUCCAUUACGUCCAAGUGUUCUGUGUUGGGUUGAAUGCUCCACAGUAAACUCUUCUCACUCGCCAUUUAAUCCAUCAGCAUGAUGUCUCCAUUUCCCCUCACGUGUGUCACCAGCUUCCCUUACAAUGCUCUUAAAUGCAUCUGUGCUGAUGUGAGGCGUGAAUGAUGCUUUUCCUUGUAACUAUAAAUUUGUUUUACUGUGAGCCAUACCUGCUGACAUUGAUGACCCUGUAUCAAAAGGCAGAAAAUGUGGGGAUUAAAAAAAAAGUAAACACUUAAAUAAAAUGUGCAUUGUGCAGGGUUGAGUUGUUAUUUCUUGAUGCACCACCCAUCAUUUUGUAAUGGCUUGCCAGAUCACUUAAUUAUGGAGAGACUUUAAAUUUGUUGCACAGAACAAGACCAUUUGUGUUUAAAUAAUUCAAAACCACAUCCACUCUCUCCUCUAAAGUAUUGCAUUUUCUGCUUCUAAUGGUUAUCCAAUUUUCCCUUAAAAGAUCUACUCAUCUAUCCUUCAAUUAUUCAUUUGAAUAAAGAAAUGUCUAUCUCCA